GAUGGGAGUUGCGCGCUCUGUAACUUCCUAUGUUUACUACCGGGCAAGAUGGCGGCGCCCACAUAACCGACAGCACAGAGCACGGACAGUUUCAAAAACAAGCUGCAUUUUUCUUUACAAAUCAGUUUGAAAACACAUUUAAAUAGCAACUGAACUACCGAAAGUUUUUUCGGUCGACCGUCUACAUUGUAUCGAUUGCGCCGCGCAUUAAUGAUCUGAACUACAACUGUGAAAUGUUCAGGACCAUUUAUGUCUGUUUAGAUCCGCUGGGUAACGUGUAAAUACUCAUCAGACUCAGCCGGAGCCAGAUAACGGGGGAAUAUAAGACCACUGAUGCUUUUAGUAUAAGUAUAAACAGUACACUGAAGGCAUGCGGUGUGUGAAGGCACUGCAGCUCACCCUUGCGGUCGUCAAACCAGAUGCUGUGGCCCAUCCGCUCAUUUUGGAGGCUCUUCAUCAAAAGAUUCUCCAAAACUUCAUUAUAGUCAGAAAGAAGGAUCUGAUGUGGAAAACGGAAGAUUCAGAAAAGUUUUAUGCUGAACAUGCAGGACGUUUUUUCUAUCAAAGACUGGUUGAAUUCAUGUCAAGCGGCCCAAUGAGAGCAUACAUCCUAGCCAGGGAAGACGCUAUCACUCACUGGAGGGGGAUGAUGGGUCCAACAAAAGUGUUUAGAGCUCGCUUCACUUCACCAGACACCCUGCGUGGCCAAUACGGGCUGACUGACACCAGAAACACUACUCAUGGUUCAGAUUCAGUUGAAUCUGCCAAGAGAGAGAUGUCAUUUUUCUUUCCAGAAUUCAAUGCAGAUGAGUGGAUGUCGAGGGAAGAGCCACAUUUUAGGUUGGGACUUACUGAAUAUAAUAAGGAGAGACAAAUUCAUACUCUCCAGGACACAUGAUGAUCACUGGUGCUUUUACAGAGCUGCAUGAAUGUGACUUUCACCAGAUGUUUCCCUUCUGCAGCAUUUGAUGUUUUCUCUGCAUUGCCGUGUUACUCUUUUGUCAGCACUAAAUAUCUCUACCGCAGCCUUGCCAGCACGAUUAUAUUCAUCUGUGUGUGUUUUAUAUGUAUGGAUAAAUGAAUAUAUGUACUAGCUUUGUAGUAGAAGACAAUAAAUGUUUACCUCAACAGCAUAGCAAACUCUGAGUACAGUUCUUCUUUAUGUAAAGACAGUAUCGCUGUUAUGAUAGACUAACAGAAUAUAGUUUGGACCAUAAAGGGGUAAUGAUGUGGAUUUAAAACAUAAAAAGUAAAAUUUGUAAUGAUUGUUAAAUGUCUGUUUGACACUUUUAAAUGGAUAGUUCACCCAAAAAUAAAAAUUCUGUUUAAAAAUUUGAAAAUUAUGUAUACAUUGUACUCUCGUGAAUGGCGGCAGAGCCGGGGACUGACACAAAAGAGAAGAAUUGUUAAAUAAAGUCAUUAUUUUUUUUGUUUUCUUUUCACAAAAAGUAUUAUUGUAUUGUGAUGUCCUUACUACCUUUCUGGGCUUUGAACGUGGUAAUUUUGUUGCCGUCUAUGCAAGUCAGAAAGCUCUCGGAUUUCAUCAAAAAUAUCUUAACUUGUGUCCUCAAGAUGAACGAAGGUCUUACGGGUUUGCAACAAAGUGACCAUGAGUAAUUAAUGUCGAAAUUUUUAUUUUUGAGUGAACUAUCCCUUUAAGAUUUCUUAAAACAGUGAAAUUCCUUUAAGAAACAAUUUAUUAUUAUCCAUUGUUACUUCACUUAAUUAUAAUCCAUUACAAUCCAUUACUAUAUUGAAGAUUUUAAUUGCAUAUAAAAUUUUCAUCUAUUUGGAUUAAGCAGUUGUUGUAAUAUUAAUAAACAUAAUGUAAUGGUUAUUUGUCAGUCAUACAUAAAUAAAACGAAUGAGAUUUCUGUAAUAAUAUUAUUAAACCAAAUGUGUUUUAAAUGUCCAGUAACCAGGUUUAUAAAUUCAUUAUCACUCAAUUAAAUGUUUUAAUUGUAUACAGUUUAAAUAAUCGAAUCUUGCUUGUUCCACAACUAGCCAUAUUUGAACCACGUUCAUACUUUUUCACUUUUUAAAUUUGAUAGUUUUCAAAAUUAACCGAUUUAAUGCUGUUUUUAAGGAAUUUUAAAAUAUGACUUUUAAUAAAAUAGAUUCAUGCCAAGUGUAUCUAAUGUUAUUGUUUACAAAUUAAUAAUAAAAUAUAAUAAAUUACCAUUAAGCUAUAUUAAUAAAUGCUGUAAAAGUUAUGUUCUGUUACUUCAUUUAAAAUAACAG